UGAACAUCGCUACUACACACAAAAAUAAAGACUAUUUCCUUCGUUGGCUUUGCAGCAGAAAGCAGGGCUUUGCUGAUACAUUCUGGGUGGUUUUUUUUUUUUUGUUUUUUUGGUUUUUUUUUGGUAAAGCACUUAAAAUCCUGAGAGUUAAAUAAAAGGAAACGUCUGCUCCCAUGGGAACUGCUGUGACCCUGUGUGAGUGGCACAGCUGAGCAGCGUCCUCCUGGCCACGUGCUGUGGGGCUGAUUGAUUCCUCUGGCAGCACCCGGAGCACAGCUUGGCCACGCGUGCCAGCCUGACGCACGCUUCCUCCGCGUGCAUCCUUCCUGCCUGCAGCAUGGGGAAAAAGCGUGGAUCCGAGCUUCUGGUGUUGUGAAACUCGCAUCUCGGCAGGCAGCGGAGAGCUCUGCUCAAAGCUGAGCACCCUGCGGUGGGUGCAGGAUGGGUGGCAGUGCUGGGAGCUCUCUUAGUUCUGCUGAAGCUUUGUGUGAGGAGACAUCACAGCCCCGCUUUGAAGCACAGCUCCUUCUCCCAGGUCGCCAUAUGAACACCCUGAGCCUCCUCAAAGUGCUGGAGAUGAACCCAUAGCAGUGGGCAGCAGACCAUUUCUACUCCUUACCAAGACCAUUUUGAAUCCUAAUCCUGGCUUCCGAAGUACUUGCAGCCCGUCCCAGCCUGGUAUCAGCCGCACUUUUAACUAAAUUAAAUCUUGGGCAGACGAGAGAGAGACACCAUCAAAAUUACAGGCUGUCAAGUCCACUAAAUGUUGGAAAUGCUUUUCCAAGGCUUUUGAACUCAGAAGUGGAACAGAAGGAAGACACAGGGGGACGUACACCGUUCAGCGUUAUUUUCCUUGCACAGGAAAAAAAGAUCAUUAUGAGAUGAGCACUAAAGUCUCAAGUUUUCAAAGGUUUGCAUAACAAACAAGAGACACAUUGUGGGUUGCAUCUUGACUUUGAAGGCUUGCCACUGUCAACUGAAAUAAAAUGGCAAGGUUUAAAGCCUUAACCAAGUUCACAAGGAAAAUAUUUGGACUAAAAGUUUUGGAAAGUUUUCUCUCUUUGAAGUAGUUUGUCAUGUGUUACCAAUGUGAACUUUAUUGACCUUGAAACAUUUUUUUUUUUUGAGUCAAAUAGCAACUAGUGACACUUUAGUAAAAUCUUAAAUCAACAACCAUCUCCUGGCGACUCCAGCUUCGUAGCAAAUGCAGGCAAAACAGGGAAUCUGCAGAAGAGACCUUUAUUAUUCGUAAAUGAAGCCUGCCAAAACCUUCCCGAAAUAGCAUUCAAAGACCCUUUUAAGGUCAUGGAUCCUGAACAAAGCCAGAAGAGCACAAAAAAGGCUGAGGAAAGUCCAAGAAAGAGGCUUCCCAAAGGAGAGGCUUUCCAAGCCAGUAUUUCAUCUGCAGCUACGUAUCAGGGCAGCUCCUCUUCUUCGCGAGGAACCCCUCUCCGAGAUCUCAUAUCGCAGCAGCACUUUUCUGGCUCUUUGCCGAUUCCAAGAGAGGAAUCUCAGGAGAAGACUGGACAUCAGAAGCAACCGAAGCCUUCCUCUUUCGAACACCCUCCCCACGUCUCGCAGCUUCAGCAGCACGCACUGUCACCAGCAUUCAUGUCUCCUGGGAAACCCGAGCAUGUCCUUGAAGGGCCCACAUGGCAGCUAGUUGAUCCCGUAAGACCAGGUCCCUCUGGCUCCUUUCCAUCGCCCGGGCUUCACGCACACCACGGCCAGCUCUUGCCUUCCCAUUCACCAAUCGUUCCUGGAGAGGACAUGCCAUCCGUUCAAAAGGUCUACAUCCCUCGCCCUUCACAGGUUCCCUUAAAACAAGCUGAGGAAGUGCACAAGAAGGAAAAGAAACCUCAGAAGCCAGGCAAAUACAUUUGUCAGUACUGCAGCAGGCCUUGUGCGAAGCCAAGUGUGCUCCAAAAACAUAUCAGGUCACACACAGGUGAGAGGCCGUACCCUUGCAUUCCAUGUGGCUUUUCUUUUAAGACUAAGAGCAAUUUGUAUAAACAUAGGAAAUCUCAUGCUCAUCGAAUAAAAGCUGGGCUGGCCUCAGGGAUAGGAGCAGAGAUGUAUCCGUCGAGCUUGGAAAUGGAGAGGAUUGGUGGGGAGGACUUUGAGGAGCCAACAGAAGGGGAAAGCACAGAUUCGGAGGAGGAGACGGGAGCGAUGUCGGGUCACCCUGCAGAGCUCUCCCCCAGGCAGAAGCACACCCUGCUGUCCAGCAGCCUGCUGAGCGCCGGGAGCCAAGGCUCCAGCCACGACCGCUGCUCCCUGUCCCAUUCCAGUAUGUCUCAGUCGCUCGAGGACAGCAGCCAGUUUGCAGAGCCGCCAUCUGACCAAGCUCUGAGCCAUAAAUCGGAAGAUACCCACACGAUAAAGCAGAAGCUUGCACUCCGCUUGAGCGAACGGAAGAAGGUCAUAGAUGAACAAGCUUUCCUGAGCCCGGGGAGUAAAGGAAGUACUGAGUCAGGCUACUUCUCCAGGUCAGAAAGUGCAGAGCAGCAGAUCAGCCCCCCAAAUACUAAUGCAAAAUCGUAUGCAGAAAUUAUUUUUGGGAAAUGUGGUAGAAUUGGGCAAAGGACUGCAAUGUUGUCUACAAACACAACACAGGGGUUUCCGCAUCUCUCGACCGAAGAGAAACCCAGUAUGGUACCAUUAUCUGUGCCUAGAACACAGGUUAUUGAACACAUCACUAAGCUAAUUACAAUUAAUGAAGCUGUUGUAGAUACCAGUGAAAUAGAUAGUGUUAAGCCUAGAAGAAGCUCUUUAUCUAGACGUAGCAGCAUUGAAUCUCCAAAGUCUGCUGCUUAUAGGGAACCAUUUCAGUUUGAUAUCAAGUCCGGUUCCGGUAGCCAGUUGGAUGCCUCAAAAGCGUUGACAUCCCAUGGUGAAAAAAUGAAGCCCGAACAAUCAUUGUUGUCACUUCAGCAAUCCCACAGUGCCACAGAGACAGUGCCUCUCCUAAGAAGCCACUCAAUGCCUUCUGCUGCAUGCACUAUAAGCUCCCCACACACCUUCAGAGGUAGCUAUUCAUUUGAUGAUCACAUCAUGGAGCCCGAAGUCUUAAGCCGCAGUCAAGCAUUUUCUUCCCAUCCUCGAAUGCUAAAACGACAACCAGCUAUAGAGCUACCUUUGGGAGUAGAAUAUGUCACAGAGGAGGUUAGCUCUGCGAGCAAAGAAGCUGUUUCCAAACCUCCUGAGGAGCCUGAAACCAAGGAAAGCGAUCUUACCAAAAAAUCACGGAAGGGGACGAAAGUUAAAGGGUUCAUGUAUGAAUGUAACGUAUGUGGUGCUCGGUAUAAGAAAAGGGAUAAUUAUGAAGCCCAUAAGAAAUACUACUGUUCAGAACUGCAGCUCUCAAAGCCACGUUCUUCCAUUUCCCAUACCUCUUCAGAGACUGAGAAAAAUGUCAUGGAUCCUGACACAUGGCCCCAGGUGAUGCAUUACAAGCUAGGGAGCACUUUGGAGCUUACCCCGCUCCGAAAACGGCGAAAAGAGAAGAGCCUAGGUGAUGAUGAGGACCCUCCAGCUUUUGAGCUGUCGGAUACUCCCUCCUCCAGCACUGGGCCAGGGGCUCAGUUUGCAAACCCGGCAUCAUCUGACGUCGCUUUAAACCUAACCCGUGAAUCCAUGAAGUCACCAGCAGACCCGGGGAAAUCCGCACCUUCUGAUGUCAGUGCCAGCUUCCAUUCCAGGAACACCAAACUGGUUUCAAGCACGGAAGGCAAAGAGAGAAGGACAACCUCAAAGGAGAUCUCUGUCAUCCAGCACACGAGCUCCUUUGAGAAGUCCGACUCCAUCGAGCAGGUGAGCGGCUUGGAGGGCGAAGAAAAGCCCACACAACAGUUCCCAUCUCAGCCAACUGCGCAGCACAGCCGACCACAUCACUCCCUGCAGCCCAAGCUGGUGCGACAGCCCAACAUCCAGGUCCCAGAGAUUCUGGUCACGGAGGAGCCUGACAGACCAGAAACGGAGCCAGAACCUCCUCCAAAAGAGCCAGAAAAAACAGAGGAAUUUCAAUGGCCACAGAGAAGCCAAACGCUUUCUCAGCUUCCUGCAGAGAAACUCCCACCAAAAAAGAAGAGGCUGCGACUGGCAGAAAUGGCUCAGUCCUCUGGAGAGUCCAGCUUCGAGUCAGUCUCUCUCACCAGAAGCCCGAGCCAGGAGAGCAGCGUAUCCCAUGGCUCCAGCCAUUCUGUGUCAUUCGAUCGAGAAGAUCACAGUAAGACGGAGCCCAUCAGCCAGCCUCCCGAAUCCCACUCCAAGCCUCCAGGUGUUGGCUCCCACAUGUUGAUGGUCCCAAGCCACCACCACCACCAUUCCAGGGAGAUGCGGAGAUCUGCCUCUGAGCAGACACCCAAUGUGUCCCAUGUUUCCCAGAUGUCGGAGACCCGCAGCAAGUCCUUUGACUACGGGAGCUUGUCCUCCACACCUGCUUCCACUCCUGGCCCCUCCACCUCCUCGGCUCCCCAGGAGAGGAGGAAGUGCUUUCUUGUGAGGCAGGCAUCCCUCACCAGGCAUCCGGAGCAUGAGCCAGACCCAGCUCCAGCCCCAGCAGGCCGACCAGAGGCAGAAGACCCAAUUCCUUCCUCGAGCAAAUCUCCCUCGGCAAGUUUGCCCCAUCAGCCGCCAUCUUCAUCCCCUUUGCCCUCUCACGGUACCUACCCAAGUGAUAAGAGCCAGCCAAAAGACAGCCCCCAGCCUGCAUAUACCCAGCCCUACACAGAAGCCCUACAGGUCUUCCAUCCCAUCCCCCAGCUAACGCUGCACGAAAAGCAGUACCUCUCCCCACAAGUUUCCAUCUUCCCCUACCAGCCCCUCCUGUCCCAGCCGGGGCAGCCUGCAGAACUCUUUGCUGCACACACCAUGUCUGACCUGCUCUCUGCGCAGCUCACCGUGCCCCAGCUUCCCCCUUCCAUCUUCCAGACCCCUCCGCUGCCCCUCCAGCAGACACUGCUGCACCCGGGCCCGCUGCACCUUGCUCCACCACUGAUACCGCACCCCACCGAGGUGCCCUUCAGGCAGCAUCCCUCCUUCCUGCCGGUGCACUACCCCAGCUCAUCACCAAUCUCCUCUGCCUUUUUCCUGCCUAUUCAGUCUCAGUUUGCUCUCCAGCUGCCCGAAGCUGAGGGACAUUUACCACAGCUCAAAUCCAGUUUAUUCCCAGCAGCAGGGACCUCCAGCCUUUCCCCGUGCACAGAAUACAGCUCGGACACUCGGUUGUACCCCCUGACCCGCACGACAAGUCCUUCGGUGCCCGUGUCCACAGCUCAGCUCGUCAUUCCCACGCGGUCCGACCCUGUGGUGUCCCUCGUGGUCCCCGUCCGCAUUCAGACCAACAUGCCGUCCUACGGGAGCGCCAUGUACACCACGCUUUCCCAGAUCCUGGUCACUCAAUCCCAGUGCAGUUCCUCUUCUAUCGUUCUCCCCAAAUUCGAUGAUUGCCAACCCAAGGGCACCCUGGUCUGCAGUGCUGAUGUGCACGGCCUUGGGUUUGAUCUUGCACAGAUGAUCACAGAGGAGCAAAGGAUUUUCCAGAGCCCGUAUCUGAGGGUGCCCUUACCCCUACCGGAGCGAAAGGGCUGCAUGCCGCUCACCUCCCCAGCAGACAGUGUCCUUGGGCUGGAGGGAGGCCCGUCCACCGUUGGUGGAAGCAAGAGGAUGCUCUCUCCAGCGGGCAGUUUGGAGCUGACGAUGGAAACGCAGCAGCAGAAAAGAGUGAAAGAAGAGGAGGUGUCAGAAGCAGAGGGGAAGUUAGAAGUGGUGAAGCCACCCAGUGCAAUAGAGGAAGGGAAAAAGCAGGAUAAAGCUCACUUUCUUACCAAAAGCCAAGGCAGGGUUGAGGUUGAAACACCACCUAGUUUGUCCUUAGAGCAGUCGGAGCUAAAGGAAACCCCGAGUACUUUGCAGCAAGCCGUGUCCCGGUCCAGUUCUCCAAGCUUUGAGGCGCUGGAGGAGUAUCAGCAGCCAGCUGGCAAGCAGCCCCUUGUCAAGGCACCUUUACAAAGCGUGAAGAAAGAAGACUCCAAAGAGCCGGUGGAGCAGCCUCCACCAAGCCCUCCAAGCCCUGCACCUCUGUCUGAGGUCCCUUCAAGUGCAAUGAAGUCUCGAGAAGGUACGGAUAUGAAGAAGGUACUUCAGUUCCCCAGUCUCCACACAACCACUAAUGUCAGUUGGUGCUAUUUAAACUACAUAAAGCCAAAUCACAUCCAGCAAGUCGACCGGCGGUCUUCAGUGUAUGCCAGCUGGUGUAUUAGCUUGUAUAACCCCAACCUUCCGGGUAUAUCCACUAAAGCUGCCCUGUCCCUCCUGAGGUCCAAGCAGAAGGUGAGCAGGGAAACCUACACCAUGGCUACUGCUCCUCGGCCAGAGGCAGGCAGGCUUGUCCCGUCCAGCUCCAGGAAGCCCAAAAUGACAGAGGUUCAUUUGCCUUCGCUCCUUUCUAAUGAAGGUCGAAAAGAUAUAACUAGAGCUGAGAAGGAAGAGGAUAAAAGAGGAAAACCAGAAGAAGAGGCUGUUGUAACCAAAAGAGGGGAGCCAGUCAGGAUCAAGAUCUUUGAAGGAGGGUACAAAUCAAACGAAGAGUAUGUGUAUGUGCGAGGCCGUGGAAGAGGGAAGUAUGUAUGUGAGGAGUGUGGAAUUCGCUGCAAGAAACCCAGCAUGCUGAAGAAACACAUUCGCACGCACACAGACGUCAGGCCAUAUGUCUGCAAGUACUGUAACUUUGCUUUUAAAACCAAAGGGAAUCUGACUAAGCAUAUGAAGUCAAAAGCCCACAGCAAAAAAUGUCAGGAGAUGGGCGUGUUGGUAUCUUCACUGGUGGAUCUGGAAGCCGAAGAAGGAACCAGUGAAGACCUAUUCCAGGACUCUGAGGGGCGGGAGGGAUCCGAGCCUAUUGAGGAACACCAGUUUUCAGACCUAGAGGAAUCUGACGAUGAUGAUGACAAUGAAGAUGAUGAAGACGAGGAGGAAGAGGAGAGCCAAGAUGAACCACCUUUAAAGCUGCCGGAAGCCAAACACCCCGCCCCACUGAUGCACUCUUCAGGUGGCUCUCCAGCUUCUCAAGAGGAAAGCACAGAAGCAGCAUCGUCCUUAGCCCAAGAAACUGCUUCCAGCAGCCAAAAAGUUGGUGAAGGCCAGCAGGGCUCCUCCUGCGGGCUGGAAACCAGGUGGUCAGCAGACAGCAGCGACAUCGCCGUGUGCCACAGCACCCUGAGUCUCCACAGACCGGCUCUGACUUCCACCGAACAAUUGGCUUCCGCUGAAAGAGAGUCUGUCACCAGGCCACCCAUGUCCCUAGCCAUGGAACUGUCAGCCUCAAAAGACACCUCCCCAAGGAAAAGGUGGUCUCCGAGCCAGGACUCCAGCAGAGCUGGCGGCAGCAGCAGACCAAUGCUAGCGAGAAAGCACCUGUUAACCAAAAAUGAAACUUCACCCAAACGGUUUUCACCCACCGGGGAAAUGUCUCCUCUGAGGUGCCUGUCCCCAGGGAGGGGGCUGUCCCCAUGUCCACGUGUCUCUCCCAGGAGGGAGGCAUCCCCGCUGCGGUGCGUGUCGCCGAGGCUCGAGCUGUCGCCCAGCAGGCAUCUGUCCCCCAGGAGAGAGCUGUCCUCUAGAGCGUACCUUCCUCCAGAGGGAGAGGCCUCAUCUCCCAGCAGAGAGAUGCCAUCAGGCAGGUAUUUAUCGCUGAAGAAAACCUUGGUCCCGAGCUGCUCGGAGGCACCCAGGUACUCAUCCCCUGGCAAGGAAGAGGCGCCUGGGACGAGCAGAUCAGCAGCAGAUGACAAAAUUCAAAGCUCAUAUCAAGCCCAGCAUGGAGUAUUAUCUUCGAUGCCUCUACCUCACAGGUUCUUUGGCAAAAAUGUACAGCUCUAUGAAUCCAAGCUGAAGAUAGAGCCCAGGAGCCCACCACACUCACCCGGCACCACGCAGCCCAUCUGCUUCAGACCUUUGCAGGCACCUCACGAAAUUCACGCCCACAGCCGAGGAGAAGAGAAUGUCUUCAGCCACCUCCCACUGCACUCACAGCAGCUCUCAAGGACCCCAUACCCCAUGAUUCCCAUUGGGGGCAUCCAGAUGGUCCAGGCCAGGCCAAGCGCCCAUCCCAGCCUGGUGCCCAGCUCCAUAAUGUCCCUGCCAGGGGGACACUUUUCACCUGGUGGCAGUAGCUUUGAGGAGCCAUGGGUGCCACGGGAACCUUCAUCUGCAUCAGUUUCCCCGGUGGCAAAAGUUUCCAAAUACGCGCUGUUCCCAGAGCCUACAAGCAGCGAGUGCUUGGAGGAGAAAAUGAGGACUAGUGAGCUUAAGCAAAAGCCAGACCUGGAGGAAUACAGGGUAAAAGUGUUUGCUGAGCCCAGCCCUGCGGAGCAACCGGGCCGCUCGGCAUCCCCAGCCAACCCCAGCACCACCCGCCAGCCCUCUCCAAAGCCUUCGACGAGCGGGGACGACCCCUUGACUAACCCGGGAGAGAAGCAAUGUGGCAGCUCGAGCAGCCCUUUGGAAUCACCACACUGCACUUUCACCUCCGAGCUCCCAUCUCCGCCGCCGCCCCGCAGCCCACAGCCCUCCGGAGAGCCCCGCAGAGCCCCCAGGAGUCCCCACGCAGAGCCCGCAGGCGUAGGUCACGCUCAGACAGAGGCGGACGACAGCACGGGCAGUGCUUAAGCCCCCGCCAUCUGUUCCACCUUUAGGCUUCCUAUGUAAAAUCAACAGACAUUUUCAACACUAUUUCCUUUAGUAUAAUCAUCGCUAUACGAAGCACUCUAGUGAAUGACCAAACCCAUGGAAGUUUCCUGGUUUUCUUUGUCCCGGUCUGGUAUUAUCUCCACAUGUAUGCAGUUACUUGUGCCUUUUUCUAUACCUUUUGUUGCUUGAAAUGUACAAAAAUGUUUGAGGCUGUGAAUAUUUUUUUAGAGUUUUUUGGAAAGGGGUUUGUUAGACCUUGUCUUUUUUGCCAUUGAGGUGUGCGUUCUUAUGGGCCUGAGAGAUGCAGAAGGGAAAGGGUUAAGUAUUUUAAGAGGAAGAAGAUGCACUGAAAACAAAAACAAAAAGAAAAGAAAAACUUCUUUUUUUAAAUAUUGAUUCAAUGAUUAAAAAGAAAACCAAACCCUCACUCCUGUGUACAGAAGUUUAUGAUUCGUAUUUAUUACAUGCUUUAUUUAAUUCUCGCAAAGUGCUUGUUGGUUUUUUUUCCUUGCAUCCCUCUGAUUGCCUAUGGUUGUGCUUUAAACACUUGAGACUGCUUUACAUUUGAGAAACGUGUUUACCCUGAACUUGUAAAUGAAGCUAGCACUUCCUCAAGGAGGGGGAGGCUGUUCGCAGCGAGAGAAAUUGUCGCUCCGAGAGAAAAGCUCAUCGGGAACAUCUCUCCCUCCUGCAGAACAUCAAAGCACUUUUUUUUUUUAAUUCAAAAAAAAAAAAAAAAAAAAAAAAAAAAAAAAAAAAAGAAAAAAAAAAAAGAAAAAAAGGGACACACGAAAAGAUAUAAAUUCUUCUUCAAAGAUUUACCUGCAAGAAGGUAGGAAUGUAUGGCAUGGAGCCCAGUGCUGGGCUUCGUCCCUCCGUCCCCAUCGCCGCGCCGGGCCCGGAGCCCUGUCCAUGGUCCUGGAGCCCUUCAACCCCUGCCUCUAAGGGAGGCUCUCACCCUGCUGCCAUUUCUCCUCCCUGGUUUUUAGGUGGUGGUUGAGCUGCUCCGUCCCAUCCCGUGGGUUUGCUCCUUGAGCUUUAGAUCCCUAAAGCUCCCUGGAGGAGUCUGUGCUCUGCUCGGUGACUCAGUGCUGUGUUUUCUUUGUAUUUAUUUAUUUCAGCAGAACAUGGCCGUGUCGCCCUCAUUGAGCAGACGGGCCCUUUUGGGUGUUUUGGAAGGAAAAGUUACAGCGCUGAGUGCUUUGCAGUCAGCGUGUUCUGCACAUACGGUGACUUUUCCAAGAGCAGACUUUCCCCUCUGAGCUCCCGUAGCAGAGCAUUGGCCCCGCUGCCCUCAGAUACCAAAUACAGAGAUCAACGGAGUUGCUCCGUCCUUUGUGCUUUGAACCAUGGCCGUUGGGUAUGUGGCUGCCCCAGUGGACAGCAGAGGGGUAUCAGAAGGUUUUCUGAUCUAUGAAAUCUGUACAGACCCCCCCCCCCCCUUUUUUUUUUUUUUUUUUUUAAUUUUGACAGCAACAAGAAAAAAAAAAAGAGAGAGAAAGAGAAGAUGAUAUAAAUAUUUAACCAGUGGUUCAGUUCUAUCUUCUUUCAGAGCUGUUCCAGUUUAUCGGGUACGUAAUACACUUUUUAAAAAAAUUAAUAAAAAAAAAAAAAAAAAAAAAAGAAAUAAGAGAAAAAAAUGAUUGAGAACAUAUUUCCUUGCCAGACUUGAUGAGCUAUGAACUGUUCCCGUUUCACGGGCAAAUAUUAUAGAUUUUUUUAAUGAUCUGUGACUUUUUUUUUUUUUAAUUUUAAUUUUUAUUUUUCACUUUUCUUGUAAAGGGAGUUAAGUACAAAAGAAGAUAUCAUGGAAAUAGCAUUAAGGCUGUGACACUGACCAAAACAAUGUCUGGAAAGAACCCAUGUCUACCUUAAUCAGCACUUUUAUUGAGUUCCCCUUCCAUCCCCUUGGCUCCAAGCCUGAUCCUUCCAUACUCACUCAAGUCCCAUGGCAGAGGCCAAGGCUACAAACCCAUUUCAGCCCAGUGCCUCUGCUCAAUGGAACUUUAGGCACCAGCUUCAAUCCCUCCUGCCCAUUAGAACAACACUGAAGUGUGAUGAUUCCCCUCUCUGCAUCCAUGACCCUAACCCUGACCCUAACCCUACCCCAAAUUCAGCACUGGGUUCAGAUUUCCUGGCUUUUGCCACCUUUUUCUGCCUUGUCACACUCUUAACAUUAUUCCAAGGUAGCUUUUUGUAUUUAAUUUUUUUAAAAUAUAUAUAUACAUAUAUAUAUAUAUAUAUAGCAACUGUACAUAAAGAAAAACAAUGCAGCAGUUGUGCACUCAGCAUCCUGGUUUCGUUUGGUGCAUUUGACAUGAGCUUUGGGCUAGAUCAAAUUUGCUCAGCUUUCUGUAAUUGUAUUUUAAUCCUUGACCUGUUGGCACUUGGCAAGGCUGUGGGUUUUUUCUUCCUUCCGUCAUUCUGAACAGAAGAAAAAGAAAAACAGAACAAAACCUAACAAAAUCCAGAAACCCCUCAGCGCAUUGUUGUUGUUGUUGUAUUAUUAUUAUUUCUUUUAUGAUGAUGACUUUUUUAAAGCUUUUCCAGAAGCUCCAGAUGAGUUCUGCAUCCCAGCUGCCUUUGGCUCAAAACCAGGGUGAGGAGGUGCAGGGGCUGUGCAGCAGCGAUGCUCCAUGGGUUGUGCCCUGCAGCCACAGAGCGGGUGCAUGUGGGGACAGCCAAAAACUCAGGGGCAAGGUGAACAAUCUCAGCCUGGUCCUGCUGCCCAGCGGGCACGAUGGGGAGGCUCUGGCUGGGGUGACAUGGUGCUUCACGCGAUACCUAACAGGCGCAAUAUGGCCUAUUCUAGGCAAAAAGAAUAAUAAUAAUAAUAAUAAUAAUAAUAAUAAAAAAUUUAAAAAAUUGAUAUUUAAGGGCUACUAAUCCCGCUGACAGCUCAGAGCUCUGCGGGAAGGGCACCAGCAUCUCCGCCUGUGGGCAGGGCAGCAUCCCAGAGCUGCCCCAUCACAAUGGGGGGACUCUGAGCGCUCUGGGUGCCCCCAGUGCUCUCACCCAUGUGUGUUGGCACUGCACUGCACCUUAUUGCAGGUCUGGAGCCCCCCGUUCCUGCUAUUUCAUACCUGGAGCACCUGCUGUCCCUGCUGGCUGUUUCCUACCGCUGGCUUCUUGCUGGGUGAAAGCUUUUCGCACGCCACAGUUAUUCACCUCUCUUUGGGUGUCCACUCUGUCUGCAAAGUGACGAGAAAUUCAGAUUUGCUUUCCGAUGGGUGAGUUGGUUUCUGUGCAGGCACUUUGCAGAGGCAGGGAGCAGCACUAUUUCUAAGAGAAUGUAUUAGUCACGCAAGUAGGCAAAUGAAAAACCAAAGCUCAACCCUUGCUUUUCAUCAGCAGGUGGAAAUAAGCCCUCCUGCUUUCCAUCUGACAGAGCUCCUUAGUGCACAGCCAGCUGUCCCCAUGGCCCUGAGUGCGUCGCUCCAUGGCAAACAGUUGUUCUCACAUCCAAAAAAUGAUUUUGCAAGAUCUUGUCCCAUAGCCUUAAGUAACUUCUUGAGGCCAUUUUGUUGAGUAUCUAGAGUAACAGAGCACUCCUACAUGGGCUUGUGCUGAAGCACUCCACAAAUUCCCAUCACAUCCUUUUGCUCGGAGUUCAGCCUGAGUUCCAUUGCUUCUGUCAAGGUCAGAGUGAUUUGCUGGACUUCCCCCCCCACAAAUGGCCCCAUCUUUGGAGGCAGCUCUCUGCCACCUCUGAUUACUCACAAGUUGUUGGCUGGGCAUCCAGGGACUGAAGCAAGAAACCCUUUUGUUUGUGAUGGUGUGGCCAUGACAAGGCUGGGGAAAGCAUUUCAACACUUUCUUCUUAAGGGUGUCCAUGAGGUCUCACUGCUGGUGGUGACAAAUGCACCUUCUGUCCCCAUCUCUGUGUUCAUUGGGCUCCAUCGGUUGGGUUUGCCUGAAGCCAGCACUCACUUCUACCUGGUUUUUGUUUCCAGCCCACAAAAACAACACCUGAACAAGCAAUAUACUUGGUGGCGUGGAAAUCAUUAUAGUUAUUCCAUGCUAAAUCCUAAAGAAUUUGAUCUAGCCCCAUUCUGUGUUCUUGGAGUAUCCCUGGUUACGUGGGUUCAUUAUGUGCUUCUCUUUUUUUCUUUCUUUCCCCCCCGUAUUUCCAUCUGUUGCACAGUAUUUACAAAUAAAACCAUAUUGUAAAUUAUUUACAGAAAAAAAAAAAAGAAAAAAAAUUAAAAAUAAAUCAGUCCUGAUGGCAUAAAGACCAAUCUGUUUUCAUUACUGAGAUAUGAUGGCACUUACGAUCACUUUAGUAAAUGUAAUGUAAAAAUAAUAAUAAUAAUAAUAAUAAUAAUGUGUACUCAAAUUUAAUAUACAUGGUCUCAUGUAAGAUAAAUAUUUGCCUUUUUUUCUAAAAGGUGUAUGUAUUCUGUAAGUGGAAUAGUCUGUAGAAAGUUUCUAUAUGUUCUUAAAAUGGCAAUACAUUCCAAAAAGGUACUGUAAAUAUGUACAGCGUACAAUGUAAUUUGGUAGUUUUGCCUGUAAGUUUAUUUUAACUCCAGUUUCUACACUUGCAUCUUGCAACGUCUGUAUGGUUAUAUCAGUGCAAAAAAAAGAAAAACAAAAAAAAAAAAAACAACAAAA